GCACACACGCUCAGUACACACGAACCGUGUCCGUCCGUUGUCUGUCGACUUGAACACAUUCGGGUAGAUGCGGUCCGAUGACGACGACGACGAAGUCGACGGCGAAAAAGACGACAAUAACAUCAAUAAUAAACGCAAUGUCGACGGGGUGCGCGUAUGUUAAUAACAAUAAUAUUAUAUCAUAGUGUUGUGUGCGAUCCGUCCGUGUUCGGUAAUAAACUUAUUCGAUAAUGUUUAUUGUACGUCUAUAUUGAAACAACAUUCGUAUAGUGUUCUGUAGUUAUUGUGUUCAGCUCCCGUCAACGACGUGAAAUCCGUGCGAGGCGGAAUCAGUGAGCUUCAAAGAACCCGAGAUGGGAGACACCAAGUACGAUAAUCAUGAAAACAGACUGAUGUUCAGUUUACAACAAAUGAUGAAUUCUGAACAUUUCUCAGAUGUUGUUAUAUGCUGCGCCGAUGGAUACAAAUUAAGAGCCCACAAAGUCGUACUGGCUUACUGUAGUUCGUAUUUGCAAACACUGUUCCUCGGCCAUCCUGGACCGGACGACAGCGUUACAAUCAUCCUGCAGGACGUCGGGCACGAGGACGUGGGCCGCGUUCUGGAGUUCGUCUACACGGGUGCGGCCGUCGUCCCUGGGCACAAGAUGGACGGUUUCGUUACGGCCGCUGGAGCCCUGGGAAUCGGGCCGCUUCUGGAUCCGAGACGGCACUUGGAAAUGUCUUCGGUCCAACCACAGGCUCCCCAUUGCCAUCCGUGCUCUCCAUCAACAUAUAUGAACGAUCCGACGCCUUUGACGACGACACCAUCGCAGCAGCAGCACCCUUAUUGCAGGGUCCGUCAGCCGCCCAGGACCACGGGCAUUUUGACACCCUCACCGUGGGCUCAAAAUUCCCGUCCACCGUGCGCCACUCCCAGGUACUCGGCUCCAAAGACCGUGCAACCUGACUCCCUAGUGAUUCCAGUGCAUCCGCCGACGGCGAACACAAUUCAGGUUACAGAAAUCCAAAGAGGACCGCUUCCUAUUCCGUUGCCACCAACGCCGCCGGAAGAGCCUACGAUUGUUUCAAUACCGCCGUCACCAUCAACCGAUAGUGACAGAGACACAAACCAAAAACUUAAAGUUACCAGCGAUGCUAACAACAAUGGGAUCCCGGAGAAAGACCGAAAUGCGAAUCAAACAAAAAGUCAUGUUUGUCAAGAAUGUGGGAAAACUUUCGUAACCAAAGCGUCUCUCAAGAUCCACCAGAGGACCCACACGGGCGAGAAACCGUUUGUGUGCGAGUCGUGCGGCAAGCAGUUCAGUCAACUGCGCAACUACAAGUACCACAGGUCCGUGCACGAGGGCACCAGAGAGUUCUCGGGCAGUUGCCCGGAGUGCGGUAAGCUGUUCAACGACCGCGGUUACCUGAGCUCGCACAUGAAGAUCCACCGGAACCGGAAGGAGUACGAGUGCGAGUACUGCACGAAGAGCUUUAACCAGCGGGUGGCGUACAACAUGCACGUGCGCAUACACACGGGCGAGAAGCCGCACAGUUGCCACCACUGCGGCAAGUCGUUCACCAGGAAGAUGUUGCUCAAACAGCACCUGCGCAUACACACCGGCGAGAAGCCGUUCUCGUGCGCCGUCUGUCACAAGCCGUUCGCCGACCGGUCCAACAUGACGCUGCACAUGCGCCUGCACUCGGGAGUCAAGCCCUACGCGUGCGCCGUUUGCGCCAAGUCGUUCACCAAAAAGCACCACUUGAAGACGCACAUGAACUACCACACGGGCGUCAAGCCGUACUCGUGCGACAAGUGCGGGCUGAGCUUCAGCCAGAGCAGCAACAUGAGGACGCACCUGAAAAAGUGCAGCGCAGUGGCGACGACGACGAUGACGCCGCCGCCGCAGACGGCCGUGGCAGUGGUGCAGGCACCGGCCGCGCAACCGGUCUGAACGAGUACGGCCGCGAGACCGAGAAACCACGUGGCCGUUUGCGCGGUUUCUCGGACAAAUCGAAACGGUUUUCACCGCCGCACACGCUUUCCGAUUCGGCUUUCUUCCUCUUACUACGCUGCUCGCGACGGAUUUUCCACCACUGCAAACUCCGUCGUCGCUCUGUAGCUUUAUUUACAAACGUUAUUUUAUAUAAUAUUUAUGAUUUUGUGUAAUAUAUAAUGUGUAUAAAUGUUA